CCUGCACUACACAGAUGACAUGUGGCCUCCAGGCUCCUUGAAAUUCAAUACCACCGAGAAGUCCCUGCAGCCCCUGCUCAAGGCCUUGUUCAAGAAUACUAGUGUGGGCACCCUCUACUCAGGCUGCAGGCUGACCCGCCUCAGGCCCAAGAAGAAAGGGACAGCCACUGGAGUGGACAUUGUCUGCACACACCGCCCUGACCCUGUGGUCCCCGGACUGGACAGGGAGCGGUUGUACUGGGAGCUGAGCCUGCUGACAGGUGGUUUCACCCACUUGGACCUCUACAUCCUAGACCAGGACAGUUUUUACGUCAACGGUUACACCUACCAAACCCAGACCAUCACCCCUAGCAGUGAGUAUUCUGAGGUUCAGAAGUCUCUACAGCCCUCUGCAGAGGUCAGUGAGGAGCCUUUCACACUGAAUUUCACCAUCAACAACCUGCACUACACCGCGGACAUGAGCCAUCGGGGCUCCCACAUGUUCAACAUCACAGACAUCGUCAUGCAACAUCUGGUGAGAGACCUGCUUACCCCUCCCACCUCUCCAUGA